GUUGGCCAGUGCUGCAGGUCUGAGCCUAAAAACCUGAAGAAAAAUGGAGAUGGACGACCUUUAUGACGACAUUGAGGAACAAACCUGCCUAUUCCAGACCUUUGGCCCAUCAGACCGCUCCUCAGGUCUCAAACAGGGGCUUACGUGGAGCUGUUGUCUUUCUGGGGUUGCUCUGUGGUUUCCUGGUCGUCGGACUCAUCGGAGUCAGAGUCCACUAUUUUCUUGCAACACGUGCCUUGGCUACAGAUCUGUUCUUCGUGAAAUCCAAGCUCCAUGACCACGUUCAGAUGGGAAAUGACCACAUAUCCAACCUGACGGAGGAGAGAGACCGGCUGAACGCCAGCCUCGUCAAAGCCACUCAGGAGCUGAAGAAGCUUGGGAUGGUGAGAACGUGUCCUAAAGGAUGGAAACUGUUCAGCGACAGCUGUUACUUCUUUUCAACUGCGGUAGGAUCCUGGGAAACGGCCAGAGACAACUGUAGAAACAAAAGUGCAGAUCUACUGAUCGUCGACACAGAAGAAGAACAGGUCUUCAUCUCAUGGUUAAACAUGAGGUACUGGAUCGGUCUGAGUGAUCGUGAACAGGAGGGAACCUGGUCAUGGGUCGAUGGAUCUCCAGUCACUCUGUCGUUCUGGGAUACAGGUGAGCCUAACGAUGAUUUGGAUUCUGGUGGAGAGGACUGUGGAGAAACCUUGCAUUAUGGCCGAUGGAAUGACGUGAACUGUAAUGACCCUCGUCGUUGGAUCUGUGAGAAAUAACUGUAGUCAUGUGUUUGAAGACAAUACUUUCCAAGUGCUGUUAAAACAAAAUCCUCUUGUUUUUGCGUCUCAUAUCACAGCUUUUUUUCUCUUCUCAGUUUUCUUCGGGGUAUCCAACAGGUUCUGAUGUUUGUAUAUGAAGUAGAGCCCGAGCGAUAUGGGAUUUUUGGGGCCGAUGCCAAUAUUGAUACUGGGGGAUUUAAAAAAAAGCUGAUAUCCAAUAUAUUGGUUGAUACCAAUAUUGGUCGAUAACCGAUAUAUUGGCUGAUAUAUGAAAAACAAACAUCGAUCUACAGAGAAUAUAUUAAUCUUAUAUUAGAUAUUUGGGGACAGGUGGAUUAAGAGUUGCAUAAAUCUUUGUUUAUCUCACAAAGAUAAUUUACACAACUUUCA